AUGAUAAUCAACUUCAGCAAAACUGUCCUUUUAUCAUAUUCAUGGCGUCGUUCUUUAUCACAUUUUACAUACGCCUUUAACAGCCAAACCUUCAACAGAGUUAACCAAUAUAAAUAUUUGGGAGUUCCCUUUUCACACGAUACGUCUUCGUCUUCGCACAUUGAACUAGCUUGCAAAAAAGCUCUUCGACGCCUUGGUUAUUUGCUGUGCACCCACCCAUCCGAACCAAAACGCACUAGAUUGUUAACUUAUAUACCCUAUUACGUUCAAUAUUAGAGCACGCCUCUAUCAUAUGGGAUCCCCAUCACAAAAGAAGACGUCAAAUUCUUAGACUCACUAAAGAAAAAAAAAAACCUGUCAGAUUUAUCUGUCGUCGUUAUGAUAGAUAUUUUUCUCUCUCUUUCAACUUUUCUAACCUGAAGUUAUUCACACUCCGGAAAAGUGUCCACUUUGACUGCUUGAAGUUUUUGCACAAUAAUGUGAAUUCACCACGUUGUUCUUCUUGUGAUUAUAUUUCAUUUUCAGCAGCCUCAAAUAAUCGUCAAUAUCAUCCACUAAAUAUUGUUCCUUAUAGUUCUUGUUCAGACUUGUUUUUGUAGAGUGCAAUUUUUCUUCGUACCAUUCAGUGCCAGAAUGUGUUACCCGGGAAUGUACGCGAAUGCACUUGAGAUAAAUUUCUUGCUGCUAUUUAUUACUCGUAAUGUAUCUGUGAAAUUGGUUGUUCUUUUCUUACUCCUGCAAUAGCCAUACGUUGGCGGCAGCAUGUACAAAUAAGUAAAUAAAUAAAUAAAUACAUAGGUAUUCAUUCUAAUAUUCCUCCGCGCUGUACGGUAAUUUUAUCGUCUUUCGUUUCUCCAAUAAGUCUCAUGGGCAAGAACCUAGAUUUUAGGGCACAAAAAAAAAAAAAAAAGAAAAGCUGCCACAGAGAUGUUUGUUCAGCCGUGAGGGAAUGUAUAGUUGGUUCAGGGAGAUUUUCUUAAGUUCUUCAUAGGGUAUGUUUAUUCAUUCUAUUCAGACAAUUUUACCAAUUUUAGUAAUAAUAGAAGUUGCGGAAUACUAUCCUAAUCUUGGCCGAUCCCGCACCGUGGAUGUGCGCCAUCAUUGAAGGAAAAUGAAAGUUAAUCCAAAUCUUCGUGAGUGAAGUGCGAUAGGCGUUAUACUUCACCUUGAUUUACUUUUCUAUUAGGCAUUCCUCGUUCCCCUUGUACUUUUCUCUUGAACCGCCGAUUUUCGCCAAUUCCCCUUAGUGGGUAAGCGCCACCAAUGAAGAACAACCAAGCAAGCAAGUGCCCGGCUAUCAAUGGAGAAGAAGAAAAGGCAGUAUUGCGCGAGGUCUGAGCCACGACGUUCGCUCAAGGUUUCUCCUUCUUCCGGCCUCUUUCCAGUCGCUCAGGUGAAUAUUUGCGGUUCCGGCGCCAAACAUGGGGGACGAAACUGAAAGUGAAGUCGCGUCAACUGUGGGGACAGAAAUAAAACGAAGUGACGAAGCAGACGACACAGGCAAGAAAGUACUUCUGUUCUGCUGCGCCGUUUGCCUCAUCGCGCUGCUCAUAGGUCUGUUUUUAUGGACAUCCAAUUUGAGUCAGGAGGAGGACAUCGAUGGUAACGCCACCUACAAACUACCGGAAAACAAAAGUCCAGAAGGCAGCGGAGCAGCAACUACAGCUCAGGACCUCGGAAUAACUGCAGCGGUAACGACUAAAAUAUACGUUACAGUUCAGCCCCACAGAUCUGAAGAGGAUUCAACCCAGAGUGUAACGGAAUCAUCAGAAAUGAACACAGCAGCAACUAUUAUAGCUACUUCCAGUUCACCUGAGCCAACAUCAAGCACCGAGACCCCGACUAAAGCAAUAGCUACGACCCCGACUAAAGCAAUAGCAACGACCCUGACUGUGUCGACAACACCGGCCACGACCAUAUCAACGUUACCACCCAUCGUUUACAGACCCCCGACCAUGUACUCUGUAGUGUGCACCGUGGACUGCAACAUCAGGAUGGUGGUCCCGCCGGACGGUGUUUGCGACUUUAUAUUUUUCGACUCUCUAUAUGUGACUUGCGGUGGCGGAGUCGGCGACGCGCAAACGACGCCCAAGUUACAGCGUUUCUUCGACCUGGCCGCUCAAGGCAACGACACGCAGUUUGGAUGCUCCAUCGACGCCUUACAGCUUGGCGAAUUUGUCACUGACAUCGGGAAAUCAGAUUCCCUGAAAUGGGCUCAGGAGAAACUGUGGGCAAACAACGUGUACCACUGGGGCGUCAUGAAUAUCUAUCACAUUCUCCUGUUUCAAAACCCGGAUAUCGUGAAGAAAGCGCUCGAGGCCUUGAAGGCAGCGGCCCAGUUCUCCCAGCCUUCCGCAGUAAAAAGGGUGGCAUCGUAUACAUUUCUCGGAGUAUAUGCCGUAUGGGAUCUGAAACCCUGUGAAAACAUCGGCCUCCACACGAAGUCUGUCUUCUCACCGGACAUGAUUGUCGUGCUUGGACAUCUUUCGUACCAAGAGAACAAGUUCAAAGGAUUCGCCUACCAAUGCUAUGUAUUUGCGCCCAAUCUGCUUAAUUUGGACGCGAGUCUGUUGUAUGACAGUAACCAGCCCGCCCACUACUAUCAUACACUCGGAGAUGCGGCGGUCCUUGCAAAUUGUCUUCGUCAGGAUCAAGACAUCCAAAGUCCCCUUGCAAUUUCUUUUACACUAAAAGCCCGGAUGUAUGAGCCUGAAGUACAAGAGUCCAUCGACGAAACGAUGUACAAGAAAUGCAUUCCAGGAAAUUUUUCGCAAGACGUGGACCCCCUUGAGUUCUGCGAUUUUCCCAAGAAAGGCUCCGUCCUUGGGCCGUCCUUCGCGAAUGCUGACAAAGCGAUCAUUGCUUUCGUAACAACACCGGAAAGGACCACAGUCGUCUACUUCGACAGUAAGGACACGCUUCGUAUAAAGAUCUGUCAAUUGAAAUACCAAGCACUGGAUCUCACCGUAAGCCUAGCUCCUUACGACGUGAAUUACGACUUUGAUUCAUUCUACUGCAACAGCGUCAGCAACUUUUCAAGGACUGCACACAUCGCGACGACUGUUUUAGACUUUAUUAAGAACCGUUUCACUGACGACUCAAAAAAAAAGGGUUGCAAUGCUCUUGGAAAAGUGAUUUUUGGCCGAUAAAUUCGACCUAACUUUGGUGUCGUGUCAUCGUGUCUUGUUGCUGUUGCUGUGUACAGCAUUGCAAAUUCUAAGUGUAAGUGAACUGUGUGUUUGUGAUUGUUACCAAAAUGCCGCUGUCGUCUUUGACUAUGCAUUAUCACGCGGGCACCGUACAACUCCGCCAUAAUCGUACUCACGCCAAAGACCGGGCGUGGUAACAUCACACACAGUACCUUUAUUCAAUAAAACUGAGAUACGUUUGCGUG